GUUCAUUUGAGCUACUGGGAUCAAGUAAAGUCGGAGACUUUUUGGGGUCAGAACUACCUAACGCAGAAGAUGCAUUCAACCUCCUGUUCAACUCUUCUACUGAAAAAAAACUAGAAUCGUCUUGAAGUUCUGUUUCUGUAUCCUCAGAAGUGGAAUUACCCUUGAGAUUUUGACUUUUCCGCAUACCCAAGAUCCAAGGUGUUAAUGGUAAUAGAUUGGUCUUGGUUGAGGAAGAACUAUUCAAGUGCAACCACUUUACUUACUCCUGAUGUGAAUUCAAUAGUGACUUUUUAUUUUGAAUUAAUAAAGAAGAAAAACGUUUGAAAAAUUGGUUCUCAAUGAGUCGUUAGUGUCUAUACUCGUGGUUGAUGGUUGUACGAUAUUUAUUCUUCUUAGGGGAUAUAUUCGUCCAAAAUUCAAAAGGAAAAAGACUUAAAUAAUAAAAGGAAAGUACAAACCGUAUUCGGCUUAAAGUGGUCCUUCUGCAUUCACAUCUGGCUUUGUGUCCUACCUAUUGAAAAAAAAUAAUCGUUUAGACCAGCGAAGAGAUUUAAUUCUAUGGAAGUUAAUUUAAACUGAAAAAUUCCGUCCAUGAACGAGAUCUGAAUUGAAGUGCUUGGGUUUCCGACUUUUGACUUGGGAUUUCCAUGCAAUAAGAAACUAAAGGUCUGACGGAGUAUGAGAUAUAAUCUUAUUUCUUUACAUUGUUAAUUGUUUUUAUAAUUGCUUUUACUAUGGGUAUUCGAGCUUGUUAAUUGUGAAUGGUGAAUACACUAAUCAACAGGUGAUAGCAAAUCUUAGAUUCUACAAACGAACACAGGCAUAAACUUUAGAAUCGGUAAUUAUUUUUGAUGGUAUAUAUACAAACGUAUAGGUAGUUGAGUCAUCAAUUUUCCUGAAGCCAUAUAUCACCUUUUUACCACCAUACUUCGAAGUGAUUUAUAAUAACUAUUGGGAACAGAAGGCCGAUCAUUCAAAUACACGGUGAGGAGCAAAUAUCGUUAAAAACUCCAUUUUAAAAUUUCCUGUGGAGAUGAGACUUCACAUCUUUACUUGGAUGCCCAGAGGCUUCCGGGUGCGCUUGGCUUUUGUUGACAGAUACAUUACUUGAGAUGGUAGCUUUCAUUGUUUUUAAAUACAUUUCAGUAAGAUUCAAUAUUUGACCAGCCUUCAUUAAAUUGCCUUUCGCUUCAUAAUCGUCUGGCAUGACAACGUUUGACUUCUUUUUGAACUUCACUUUCAUAAAUAUUUCGAUUAAAUAGUGAUUUCUUAUCGAAACAUGACUAAUUGGAAUAAAUUUAAAACUAAAAAGAAAAAAUUAUAAAGAAGAUUCCAUCCGUUCAACGAAUUGCUGCUUACAUUGCGGUUUUUGUUUACAAUUAUUCAUUGCGAUUUCAAGUCACAUUUUGAUUGUUACCUUUUCAAUACACUAGUGUUAAACAUACAUCGCGCUUCUUCGAUUUCCCAAAAAAAUUCUAGAAAAUCGUUAUUUAGCUACUUGAAAAAUGUUAUUUUAUUCUUUUUUCAAAACUCUGAUUGAUACGGAGGUUACGGUUGAGCUCAAGAAUGACAUGAGUAUUCGGGGAAUAUUGAAAUCCGUGGAUCAGUUUUUGAAUGUUAAACUAGAAAAUAUUGCUGUCGUAGAAUCCGAGAAAUAUCCUCACAUGGCUGCUGUCAAAGAUUUAUUUAUUAGAGGAAGUGUCGUUCGCUAUGUGCACAUGUCUAGUGCUUAUGUAGACACAAUCUUGUUAGCAGAUGCAUGCCGUAGAGAUUUGGUAAAUAACAAGAGACAAUAAGUUCAAUAACUUGAGCGAAAUGCAUUUAAUUUCCUAAAUCCGCUCGUUUGGCGUACCUCCUGUUUUUCUAUGGCGAAUAUUAAACGUUUAGAUAUACUUGUUUAUAGCAAGAAAAAAGUUCAGUACUUUGAGAUUGCUGCAUUUAGCAAGGUUUGGAUCUGCUUAUAAUUAGGAUGAAGAUGUUCCAAUACUUAACUAUUCUCAGAAAGGCAAAAAGGAAAUGAUGCGAUGUGAGUACUUGUAUAUAUUUUCUGACGGUCUCUCUUGCACAAGGGUCUUUUUUGAUAAUUUUUUAUGAUGAAAUUCAUCUUUAUGAAUGAAGCUCUAUAUUCCAAUAAUAAUAUCUGAAAUCUGGAAUGUACACAUUAUGUAAAAUUGCUUUCUCAUAUCUCAAACAGUUCCAUUCUUC